AUGGGGGACUACAACACGUAUCACCACUGUAUGAGGGACUACAACACGUAUCACCACUGUAUGAGGGACUACAACACGUAUCACCACUGUAUGAGGGACUACAACACGUAUCACCACUGUAUGAGGGACUACAACACGUAUCACCACUGUAUGAGGGACUACAACACGUAUCACCACUGUAUGAGGGACUACAACACGUAUCACCACUGUAUGAGGGACUACAACACGUAUCACCACUGUAUGAGGGACUACAACACGUAUCACCACUGUAUGAGGGACUACAACACGUAUCACCACUGUAUGAGGGACUACAACACGUAUCACCACUGUAUGAGGGACUACAACACGUAUCACCACUGUAUGAGGGACUACAACACGUAUCACCACUGUAUGAGGGACUACAACACGUAUCACCACUGUAUGAGGGACUACAACACGUAUCCCCACUGUAUGAGGGACUACAACACGUAUCACCACUGUAUGAGGGACUACAACACGUAUCACCACUGUAUGAGGGACUACAACACGUAUCACAACUGUAUGAGGGACUACAACACGUAUCCCCACUGUAUGAGGGACUACAACACGUAUCACCACUGUAUGAGGGACUACAACACAUAUCCCCACUGUAUGAGGGACUACAACACGUAUCGCCACUGUAUGAGAGACUACAACACGUAUCGCCACUGUAUGAGAGACCAGACAACACAUAUCACCACUGUAUGA